AUGGACAACAGAAGCUACUCCAACCCUCCAGACAGCCUUUCCAUCUUCUCCGAGUCUGCCCACUUGCCACUGUCCAGGCCCUUCUACCUGGACCCCAUGGUCACUGUCCACCUGUGCCCCGAGGCCCCUGUGCCGCCCCCUUACACGAACGAGCUGCCUCUGCUGCCCUUUACCGGCGAUACCCUGAUCAUGGACAAUUAUGGGGACCCAUACCCCUUCCCUUUCCCCAUGCCUUACGCCAACUACAGGCGCUGUGACUACGCCUACGGGCCCGCCUUCAUCCGCAAGAGGAAUGAGCGCGAGAGGCAGCGAGUCAAGUGUGUGAACGAAGGCUACGCCCGGCUGCGGCGACACCUGCCCGAGGACUACCUGGAGAAGCGACUCAGCAAAGUGGAGACCCUCCGAGCUGCCAUCAAGUACAUCAGCUAUCUGCAGUCUCUCCUGUACCCGGAUGAGACUGAGGCUGGGAGGAACCCUCAGACCACCAGUUGCGGCCCCCUAGAGCCGUCUCUGAGAGUCAUUUGA